AUGCCUGCAAAUUCGAGUCAAUAUGAAAGCUUGAGUCCUCCAGGCAACGAUGUUCCAUCAGUACUUUCACAAAUAUGGUCCCUGAUCACAAUAUGGAGAUUGCUGGUUGCAUUUCUUUUGAUAGGAAAUAUCAAGAAUAUUCCCUUGAUAUGGCACAUGCGGAUCGUCAAUGCUUUCAGGUUCUGCCUGCGAACACAAAGACCGAAGGUCCCUGUUACACAUGAACAGCUAUUCAGACCUCUUAUCACGACGACUCAUGCUCCAUUGAUGGAAAUUGAUUUCAAUCUCCACAAGACAAAUUCAUCAUACUUCUCCGACAUUGACAUCGCCCGAACGCAUCUAGUAUGCACUCUCUUCUCCACUGGUAUCGAACACAUGCGCGGCGGGACUGCAGCCAUCACAGGAGCCAAACGACCAAUUUUUGGCCUUGCCCUCGGUGCCGUGAGUUGUUCAUUCAAACGUGAGCUCAAACCUUACGAGUCUUAUGAACUUUGGACGCGAGUUCUGUCAUGGGAUGAGAAGUGGAUUUAUAUCGUCACACAUUUCGUUCGAAAGGGCGCUGUCAUGCCGAAGAAAUACACGUUAUAUCCUCAACAAAACUCUGGAGAUGAAGAUGAGAUCAAACGACGAGACAGCACUUCAAGUGUUGAUAGCAUGGAUGGUAACGAAGCCGUCGUUGCAACAGCGCUGAGCAAGUGUGUCUUCAAGCAAGGCCGUCGGACAAUUUCUCCAGCCUUCAUGCUCAAGCAAUCUGGUUUACUACCCACGAAAUCACUCGACGACGUUCUUGCUACUGAUGUCGAGCCAAUCUCUAUUGAUUCGUGCUCAUCAUCAGAUUCUGGAAUCGACGUCGGAGAUUCGAAGGAAGAAUCAGACCUCGAGAGGAUCGAGCGAGAACGUCAGCGUGGCAUGAGGGUAGCAUUCUCCCUUACAAAUCAACCACAGAAUGCGCUGGAGAUGGAAUUUACAGCUGAAAGCGAGGCAUUAGGCAGACAUACGGAUGGCACCGGAAUCACGGGUGUGGUAUCAACGCUCGCGCAAUUGGCACAUUUGAAGCGAAAGCAAAUCCUGUAA